AUGGCCGACAUCCUAACCCAACUCCAAACCUGCCUAGACCAGCUCGCAACCCAAUUCUACGCCACAAUAGGCUACCUAAGCACGUACCACGACAACUCCCCCGCAAUCCCGCCCUCAGACGUCCCAGACGCCGCCCCAGCCCUCGCCAAAAUCCCCAAGAACUCCACCGCCCCCCCAGUCCCAGCCGGCGCACCGGUCCCCGCGCAGUCCCAGGCCUCCCCUCCUGCCCAGAAUCCCGCGCACGGCGCCGCAGGCGCAGGCACAAGCGUAGGCGAUGGUGGCCAGACACCCGGCCCAGCAGCAGGCGCAGGGGCGGACGCAAACCUGCCGCCGGCGCCGGACAGCCCGCGGACGUUUGCGAGCCGGCAGCGGGAACUGGCGCGGGAUCUCAUCAUCAAGGAGCAGCAGAUCGAGUAUCUGAUAUCGGUGUUGCCGGGGAUUGACAGCUCCGAGGCGGAGCAGGAGAAGCGUAUUCGGGAGUUGGAGAGGGAGUUGAGGCGGGUCGAGGAGGAGCGGGAAUUGAAGAUGAGGGAGUUGAAGAGAUUGAGGAGGACCCUGGAGAAUGUGCUGAGGGCGGUUGAGACGGGGAUAUACGGAGAUCGGGCGCUACUUGAGAAAUAUUCUUGA